AUGGCUGCGAGAUCACGGUUCCACAAGCUCGACGCUUUCACGAAGACGGUUGAAGAUGCUCGCGUGCGGACGACGUCCGGCGGGCUUGUCACGAUCGCCUCGAUCCUCAUUAUCUUCUACCUGGUGUGGGGAGAAUGGGCCGAGUACCGGAAGAUCCUGGUGAUGCCGGAGUUGAUUGUGGACAAAGGGCGAGGUGAGAAGAUGGAGAUUCACCUCAACAUCAGCUUCCCGCGGAUCCCCUGCGAACUGCUCACCCUCGACGUCAUGGACGUGUCGGGCGAACAGCAGACGGGUGUCGUCCACGGGGUGAACAAAGUGCGCCUCUCGUCGCGUGCCGAGGGAUCUCGAGUCCUCGACACGACCGCCCUCAUCCUGCACGACCAACAAGACAACGCCGUACACCUCGACCCGAAUUACUGCGGCAACUGCUACGGCGCGCCGGCGCCGCCGAACGCCAAGAAGCCCGGGUGCUGCAACACGUGCGACGAGGUGCGCGAGGCCUACGCGGCCAACAGCUGGGCGUUCGGCCGCGGCGAGGGCGUCGAGCAGUGUGAAAGAGAAGGCUACGGCGAGAGACUGGACGCCCAGCGCCACGAGGGUUGCCGCAUCGAGGGCGUCGUGCGCGUGAACAAGGUGGUGGGCAAUUUCCACAUCGCCCCCGGCCGCUCCUUCUCCAACGGCAACAUGCACGUCCACGACCUGAACAAUUACUUUGACACGCCCGUGGAGGGCGGGCACACUUUUACCCACGAGGUCCACAGUCUGCGGUUUGGCCCGCAGCUCGACAGCGGCGAGGUAUCCAAGUGGAGCGAGCACCACCACCAUUCGGACCCCUUGGACGGCGUCAAGCAGGAGACCGACGAGGCCGGGUUCAACUUCAUGUACUUCAUCAAGGUCGUCAGCACGUCGUACCUCCCGCUCGGGUGGGACGAGGACCGAUCCCAAAGACAACAUUCCAGCCUGGCUGACUUGAUUCCCCUGGGCAUGCAAGGGAAGGGCGCCGGGUCGCAGGGCAGCAUCGAGACGCACCAGUACAGCGUGACGAGCCACAAGCGGAGUCUGGCCGGCGGGAACGAUGCCGCAGAGGGCCACAAGGAGCGGUUACACGCCCACGGCGGCAUUCCUGGCGUGUUCUUUAGCUACGACAUCUCGCCGAUGAAGGUGAUCAAUCGGGAGGCGCGGCCCAAGACGUUCGCCAACUUCCUCACGGGCGUGUGUGCCGUGGUGGGCGGCACGCUUACGGUGGCGGCCGCGAUCGAUAGGGGGCUGUAUGAGGGGAGUACGCGGUUGAAGAAGGUGCAUCAGGGGUGA